GUUCGUGCAAACCCAAAACUGCCCUUGCGUGGUCUCCCCUGCCCGAAUUCCCAGACGCUAAUCCGACGACAGUUCGGCGCUACUGCAAUCAAGUCCAACUAAUCUCAAUGUUCCCCGGCUAGGCUGAGCUGGCGAUGUCGGGUCCCCGCGCCGGGCCCCCGUGCGUGUUUACGGCCUGGACGUCGCCAAGUCAGUUUACAGUCAACAGCGGAUGGCGUAACGCUAAAAUAGCGCCCUAGCGGUCUCGCCCGGUAAACCGGACCUACAAAAACCUGGCCCCUUCACGGGCCGCUCCACAGUUGGAUUGCGACGGUCCUCCUGUUCGCAUGGAUGAUGCCAUUCAGCAGCAACCUGCCAGCACUUGAUGCCAGCACUAAUAGAUAACGCACACGGCAUUAUAGACACAGUCACUAAUACUAGGUCGGCUUGUGUACGGUGACUCCUAACUGGCUGUAUGACUUAUCCGUGAGUGACACUUGAACUUCAAUUAUUGGUUGACAAGCCCGUCUACCUGCCGUGUGCUUUCUCUUUAGCUCCCAUACUGUGAUACUUUCGCGAAGGCAGACGAUUUCGGAGGAAUUUUUCUGUCUUCAUUCCGUUACCUGGAUACCAUGAUGAGUGCAGUUUGCAGACAUCUGAAGCCGUUACCAUGCCUAUCGGGGAACCGAGUCUCCCUACCAGCCAGAUCAAUGCUCGUCUGCUGUGUGCUCCUGGGCCUGAUGACCACCCGAUCACUCAUCGCAGCUGCAGCGACGACCGGUAGGAGACUACCCCAAACUAACCCAUUGAUCCUGUUGGACGCGGACGACGAGGAUUCCACCACGUCAUCGCAGCGAGGCGCCAGCAACGAGAGGGGCACGGGGGGCAGUGGGCCUCUGUCCCCGGACGAGAUACUCACACCUGAGAGCGGUGAACCGUACGAGGUGACAGAGAAGCAAUACCUGAGGGGUGACUGGUGCAAGACACUCCCACUGAAACAGCGCAUCGACGUGGAGGGCUGCGUUAGCCGGAUAAUAACCAACCGUCUCUGCUAUGGACAGUGCAACUCGUUUUACAUCCCCAAACAGUCGUCGGACUUCAACGACGCCUUCAGGUCUUGCUCUUUCUGCAAACCGUACAGGAUAACCACGUUCACGGUGAAUCUAAGGUGUCCCGGGCAGACACCCAGCAUCCAACGGAGGAGAGUGGAGAAGGUCAAGCAAUGUCGUUGUGUCGCGGUGGAUGUCUCGUAACUUCGCUAUGUCGUCGUGUCGGACUUCUGAUGACUUGAGGUCUACGCACCAAGAAAAGACUACGACGUAUGCGGGUUGUGGUGAGCGUUCAUGAUUGGCGAGAAGUCGUGCAACGUCAUUCAUAACUUUGGCUGAGUUAGGGUCGAGUUCCUCGAUAUCCUAGGAGUGGUGUGUUGUGGAAAUAAACCCGCACGUCCUGGGAUACCAGAGAUACAGAGUAGAAUUAAGACAGGAAAAAAAUAUUGAUGGAGUUUAUUCAUGACGCAUUAAGCAGUAGCACGCAUCAAUUUCUGUUACCAGUUUAUCUACUAAUCUCAAAAAUAUUAUAAUACUGCUUAGCUCUAAAGAGGCGCGUAUCUCUAAUUUUGAGAAUGGAACCUUCCGUGAAGGUCGAGCGUAUAGGCAGGCAUGUGUCAAAUACUAUGACCCCCCCCCAAAAAAAAAAUCUGAUUUCACUGGAUACAUGAUACUUAUUUCGAAUGCUCCAUCUGUAAGCAGUUGCAUACUAAUUUCGCAUCCGUUCAAAGCAUUUGUUUGUGUUUGUGAGUACCAGCUUAAAAUACAAAAUGUCGCUCAUAGAAUUUUCCAGUAUAAUUUGCUGUACGUUUUAAGUUUACUCAACAAUGCAUGAUGUUCCUGAUCUUCCUGUGUUUCACAAUGCAACUUGUGGCCCGCCAGAGAGUAGAUGAGAUUGACCUUUAUUUACAAUUUUAAACUGACGUGGCUUUUUCGACAAAAAAUUACUAACAAGAAUUCAAUUAGCUGGGAAUAACGGUGUCGAACAAACUGUAAGGUCGCUUCGUCCGCAGAAUCAUAGGUUUGAAAAAAGGAAUUGUAUGUCGAACAAAAACUGUUUCUCUCUUGCCCUUCAUCUGCACAUCAACAAAACACGUUCACGAGGUAAUAGGAUCAUCUUCACACGGCUAUUAACAUUAUUUUUGUUGUGACUCUAAAUAAAAUUCUGACAUUCAAAAGAUGUGAAAGUGGCCUCCAAAAGCAAUGUUGGAAAAUCUAGUACUCUGGUACUAUUCUUUAAAGGUGGUUUACAAACAGACUUUUUCAAAUGUUAAUUAACGGUAACUUGAUCACUGUUUCACCGUACGACUUCGUAAAUAAACGAUUUUUAAAUACUGCCGUAGACUACUAAAUAUUGUACUGUAUUUACUUAUGAAAAACGUUUAAGACAGUGCUUGUUUAUAAAAGGUUAUGUGUACCUCAUUAAGUAUGUAUUUUAUUUCAUUAAAACUGGCUCUAAUUAUUUUAAUAUAUAUUAUAUAUUUUAUUUGUAAAUAUGUUACAUACGCAAACUUCUAUUAUUGAACAGAAUUAUUUUGUUUACAAGACUGAACGCUAAUUCAGCCUUUCUAGUGAGGAAGGCAACCUCUUGCGAUGUGGUGAAAAUUCUUAGUGAAAAAUUGGGAAAAGUGUUAAUUGCUUCGUUAAAGAAGUUUAAAAUAAAAUUGUGAAUGAAACUGAACUCACUCGAAAUUUCCCUACCAAAAUGAGAGAACCUUUCACAUUGUACCAGCACUUAUUGAGUUAUUACUUAUUAUGAAAUAUUUUUUCCGUUUUUAUCUGCACUAAAAUGUUCAUGUAACUGCCAAACUUUUGAGCCAAGUUUUUUUCUAACUCUUGGCAUGCGCCUAAGCACAAUAAAUACUUUCUAGAAGCCGUGUUUGAACACGACGAGUGGUUUUCAAGAAAAACCAAAAGGACAAAAACAAAAGCCGUAUAUAAAAAAAAAAUCUCUGGCACUUGUUUAGAAUGCUGAUGCAGACUGAGGAAUCUUUGGGAUAUCAAACGGCGAGUGUAAGCAGAUUGGUCACAAAGAAGCCAUCGCGCAGUAUGGGGUAAAAAUGAGUUGACAACGGGGAUGAAAGAUGUAUUGUUUCACGCGGUUUUCAGUCGAAACCAAAAGCAAGAUUUUGUUGACGCUGUCUCGAUUCACAUUUUCACAGGCACCAGUAAAACAUUCGAAAUGUCAUAAAAUUUUGAUCCACUCCGACCAGCUUUUGCAUAUUUGUCAAUUUGUGGCGGAGACAGCUAUGUUGUAUGAAAAAAAACCUCCACAUGAUAAAAUGAUUGUGUAUGAGAAUUGUGAGCUCAAAGUAUAUAAUUCAAUAAUUUGCUUUACAUGAUGUAAAAAAAUUGUACUAUUAAUCAGUAUCUGAAACUUUGUAUCAAAUUUGUUAAUGUGUCAUCUCGAAAGAACAACUGAUGAGUGUAUUGAUUGAUAAUCGAGUAAUGUUGCUGAUUUUCUCUUUUGACGAGGUCAUUUCUAUCGUACAGUUAUGGUGAUGAAUAAAACUGUUAUGCAUAUGUCA